AUGGUCUCCUUCUGGCCUUGGAGGACGCGUGAGGAUGCUGCCUCGUUCGAGAAGACAUUGUCUGCCCUGUCGGCCAAGAUAUCGAAGGCUGCUUCUCAGAACGAUGCUCGAAGACAGCGAUCAAGGCGUGUUCGGGUGAUGUGGACGCUCUACGCCGGCUUUGCUUAUAUCCUGGCCGCUCUUCUUCUGAUCUUUGUCAGUGGAUGGCGGAGCUGGGGAGCAAUCGAAAUCUCAGUGAUAGCCGGCGGCCCACUGGUCAUCUAUUUAGUCCGAACUUCACUGACGACCUUCUACGAAUACCGUAUAUCAAACACGCAGGCGUACCUUGAGAGACUGAACAAGGAAAGAGAGGAUGCAAUUGAGAGACUGAAGGCAGCUACAAAAUACAAUACCACCCAGCAAUUGCUUGAAAAGUACGGUUCAUCUCCGAAACCAAAGCAAUCGACUUCCCCAUCCUCCGCCAAAAAGGCAGAAGGACCCCAUAAGCCGGCGCUGCCACAGGGGCCACGUACUGGGAUCGCUCCGCCUCCGACAGCCAAUAUAAGACGACCUAUCGAACAACGGCCGCCCACUCUCCAGAAUCAGCCUCAGCCACCAGCAUCUCCGCAAGCUCAAUCUCCAGCCCAUCCCUUACCUCCAGUGGAAGCCCCUGGGGCUGAAUACGCGCCCAACGCUUUCGAUGCGGCCGAUUUGACUAGACAGUAUUCGUCUUCUGCACCGAAGACCUUUACGCAAUCCCAUUGGUAUGACAGGAUCCUCGACGCACUACUUGGUGAAGACGAGACUCAGCCCAAAAAUCGGCUCGCGUUGAUUUGCAGUGAAUGCCGACUGGUGAAUGGCCAAGCUCCCCCUGGUACGAGGACCCUCGAAGACGUAGGAAGAUGGCGGUGCGGCGGAUGUCAUGCAUGGAACGGCAAGGAGAAAGUGGACGAGAUCAUGGUAGCCGAUCUGGUACAAAGCUGGGAAUCUGAGCGCAGAGCCAAGGAGAAGGACGCGGGUGGCAACACUGAUGGUGGCAAUGAUUCUGAUAACAGGGAGAGUGGAGACGAUGCUGGGGCCAUCGCCGGUGAAAGCCAGGAUUCCGAUGACGAUAUCGCAGAAGCUCCAACACCAACAAGCCAGCCGUCGAAACCUACAAAAGCUCGCGGCAAAAGCAAGGGAAAGAAGUAG